CCGAAGUCGGGAUGUCUUCCUUGUCAUCGCAUUGUGUUUCUUAAGACUCAUAAAACUGGUUCAAGCACUGUGACCAACAUCCUCUUUCGCUAUGGAGACAAGAGAAAUCUUACAUUUGUUCUUGGACAUCACCAUCUAGGCUGGCCAUCAAGAUUCCUCGCAUCUCGCACCCUUCCUCUUUCCCGCCAGCCUAACAUUUUGUGCAGCCACACAAGAUUUAACAAAAAGCCUAUGAACUGGCUUUUUCCCCCAGAAUCUAGCAAGUACGUAACAGUUCUUAGAAAUCCGGUAGAUCAUUUCGAGUCUACCUUUAACUAUUACAAACUGGGUCGAACAUUUGGUUUCGGAACUGACCCCGUCAAUUCGCUGGAAAAUUUUCUAGAAAGACCGAUAUCAUUUUUUAACAUAUUCAACAAUAGUUAUGAUAAGAACAGAAUUAGCUUCAUAAGGAACUUAAUGAUGUUUGAUUUGGGUUUAAGCUACAGAUAUUUUCAAAAUUAUACAGCUGUUAAGAACUACAUUAACUUCCUAAACAAAGAAUUUGAUUUGGUUAUGAUUAUGGAUUAUUUUGACGAAUCACUGGUGUUGUUGAAGAGGCUUUUGUGUUGGGAAAUAGAUGAUAUUUUGUACGUGAAGCUCAAUGAAAGAAAAGCCAACGAAAAGGCAACUCGUCUGAGUGGCAGAGUUCAGGACAACAUAAGACGGUGGAAUAAGGCAGAUGUGCUGUUAUUCAAUUAUUUCAAUGCAACUUUUUGGAAAAAAGUAGAAAGAGAGGGUUCAGGGUUUUAUGAAGACCUCUCCGCUUUCCGUGAAAGGAGAUUGAAGAUUCAGAAAUUGUGUUUUGAGAGCAGAACUAAAAUAGAGCUGAUUUGGGGGAACAAAUAUGUGAAAAGCUACUCCACUAGGAAUAAUUUAAAUUCAAGUGUUAAAAUGUUGUGCAAAAACCUAAUCAAAUCCGAAGACAGCUACCUUGACGAGCUCCGUGAAAAGCAUAUGGCAGAAUUAGCACCAGAGAUCGAGGAACAGACCAGAAUUGAUGACAAAACUAGUUGGGAUGUCGGAAAAGAUUUGGGGUACCGUAUUUCCUCGAAAAAGGGCCCUCCCCUGAAUAAGAGCCUUCCCACUAGGCCAUAA